CAAUAAUGUGUUAGCUUUUUUUGGUCGCUUGUUAAGCUACACGGAUAACAUGUUAACUUGUUGGUUUGUUUCUUCUUACACGACUAGGUAUGAGCGCAUGGUAAAAGAGACAAAUCCCGGCAGUUACAUACAUGUUGACCAGAAUGAGGGGAGGUUUUCGAGACUCUUUGUUUGUUAUGCUGCAUGCAUCAAAGGUUUCUUGAGUGGAUGCAGACCCCUUCUAUUUUUGGACGGUACAUUUUUGAAGGAUCGAUAUAAAGGUAUUCUCCUCUCGGCCAUAGCAUACGAUGGGAACCAAGGUAUAUUUCCCUUAGCGUAUUGCAUAUGUGAUCAAGAGAAUUUGAUGAAUUGGAAGUGGUUCCUCCAAGGUCUAUGGUCCAUACUUUAUGAGAGGGCUGACCCUUACAAUCCUCCCCACCAAUUGGUUAUAAUUUCUGAUGCGGACAAAGGAAUUAAAGAAUCAGUAAAAGAGUAUUUUCCAGAAGCUCUACACUCGAGGUGUGUUCUACAUCUUGUUGAAAAUUUCAGGUUAAAGCUUAAGGACUUGGGUAUGAAGUCGAAGGACACUCAUGUUCUUGGGAACUUACUCCAAAGUGCUUGUUAUAAAUACACAAUAGCAGAAUGGAAUGAGUACAUGAAAGAGAUAUAUGACAUGGAUCCAAGGGCAUACAACAUUGCUAUGAACUACUCUCCUGAUCAAUGGGCAAAUGCAUUCUUCCCGGGAAUAAGGUAUGGGCACGUAACAUCUAAUGUCGCUGAGUCUUUUAAUAAUUGGAUAAGGGAAGCUAGAAUGCUACGGAUUCUACAAAUGGUUGAGCAUAUCCGUAAACAGAUAAUGGUCCGAAUGAGUAAUCGCCGGUUACUUGGAGAUAAAUGGGCUGGAUAUCUCUGUCCACAAGCAGAGAUGGUGCUUAAAGAAAAUAUAGAGAAAGGUCGUCCAUUGGAUGUUAAGCAAGCUGCAGCUGACAUAUUUGAAGUGCAAGCACAUAAAACUACCCGUGUUGAUUUGGAGAAGAAGACAUGCACUUGCCGUGCUUGGGACGUCAUGCGGAUUCCGUGUAAACAUGCAUGUGCAGUCAUCUCGUACAUGAAGAGAGACAUUUACCAAUAUUGCGAUUGGUUUAUGUCCAUAGAAGCAUUUAAAAAGAGCUAUGACCCGAUUCUCUAUCCUAUACCAGAUUAUGAGAAACGAAGCGUGCCAAGGGAUGAGAUCGAGCUACUUCCACCACAUACUAUCAAAAGAAAGGGGAGAAAUAAAACAAGACGUAUCAACAAUCGAACAGUGUACAAACGACCUUUGAAAUGCUCUCGAUGCCACUCCGAAGGCCACAACCGCGCAACUUGCAAUAGUUAG